UCAAUCCGAACACAUCCACACAGUAUAGCAGCACAGGCAGACCAACACUGCCACCCCCACCCCGGUUUUUACACGGAUUCUGUGGAGCUAUACUGAGUCGAUCCGGGCCGCUUUGCGAUGAUUCCCUCCUACAGUGGCGCGCCGAGGCUGCAGAGCUGACAGGGGGAAGAGCCCAGCGUUUUUUGGGGGGUGGGGGGGCAGCACACCUGCCAGCCAGAUACCGGACUGCACCGCACUGCUCAACUUUUAUAUUUUGUAACGGAGGAAGGGAGGGAAAGUUGCUGCUUGGUGGUGGUGGUGCGGGGGGAGGCACGACAAGAAGACCCUCCACGUUCUCCCUUUAUUUCUUCUUUUUCUUCACAUUUUCAACCCCUAAUAGGAAGGCGACACGGCGGCUUCCGUUGAUUUGUUCUCUUUCCUUUGCUGUCCAAUGGAUAUUCACUGCAAGGCUGACCCCUUCACGGCCAUGCACCGGCACGGGGGUGUGAACCAGCUCGGCGGGGUGUUCGUUAACGGCAGACCCCUCCCGGACGUGGUGAGGCAGCGCAUCGUGGAGCUGGCCCACCAGGGGGUUCGACCGUGCGACAUCUCCCGGCAGUUGCGUGUCAGCCACGGCUGCGUCAGCAAGAUCCUGGGCAGAUACUAUGAGACCGGAAGUAUCAAACCGGGCGUGAUAGGCGGCUCCAAGCCCAAAGUCGCCACGCCGAAGGUGGUGGACAAAAUAGCGGACUACAAGAGGCAAAAUCCCACCAUGUUUGCGUGGGAGAUCCGCGACAGGCUGCUGGCAGAGGGCAUCUGCGACAACGACACCGUGCCCAGCGUCUCGUCCAUUAACAGGAUUAUCCGAACAAAAGUGCAGCAGCCAUUCCAUCCGUCGCCCGAUGGGACAUCCCUGUCGACAACAGGCCAUACCAUAGUGCCAAACACAGUGUCUCCGCCAGUAACCAGCACCUCCAAUGACCCUGCGGGAUCUUACUCUAUUAACGGCAUUCUGGGUAUCCCGCGAUCCAAUGGUGAAAAGAGGAAAAGAGACGAAGAUGGUUCAGAUGGUUCUGGCCCAAACAGUGAUUCUCAGGGUAGUGUGGAGAGUUUACGCAAACACCUGAGGGCCGACGCCUUCACCCAGCAGCAGCUGGAAGCGCUGGACCGGGUCUUUGAACGCCCCUCCUACCCGGACGUCUUCCCUGUGUCGGAGCACAUCAAACCGGAACAGGCUAAUGAGUACUCGCUGCCUGGCCUCAAUUCCAGCCUGGACGAAGUCAAGCCUAGUUUGUCGUCCACCGCCAACCCAGACCUGAGCCCCAGCGUGUCGCAAAGCUACCCUGUAGGUCGAGACAUGGCCAACACAACCUUACCCGGGUACCCCCCUCACGUUCCCCCGACAGGGCAGGGCAGCUACCCAACUUCCACGCUCGCUGGAAUGGUUCCUGGGAGCGAGUUUUCGGGGAACCCCUACAGUCAUCCACAGUACACCACCUACAACGAAGCAUGGCGGUUCAGCAACCCAGCGUUACUAAGUUCCCCUUAUUAUUAUAGUGCCGCGUCGAGAGGCUCCGUCCCUCCCACUGCUGCCACUGCCUAUGACCGUCACUAGUUACCAUGGAAACCAAAUCAACCUGCAGGACCGCGGCCUCGGCAGGCUCCACAUUGCCCCGGUUUGAGCACAGAAUGAAACAUUUUUGGGGGGUGGGGGGGGGACUCUUCCACGUUAAAGAUGAAUAAACAAUUAUUGAACCAGACACAAGUGGAGAAAAGUGAAGAAAAAAGUGAAAUCUGAAAUUUUUGGACAACUACUGUACAUUCCUUUGCUUGGCAGCUCUCAACGGGGACUGUGCGGGGCGUCAAAAUGCAGUAGGAGCUGCCUUUAUGUUACUCCCACCCCUCCCCCUCCCCCUUACCCCCACUCAACUUGAAAUGCAGUGAGAAGCUGUGUUUUCAUCCGUCAUCCAGCAAGCAUGGUUGAUGCCACCGGAAGAUUAAGACUCUGUGAUACACAAUCAAAGGAAAAAAAAAAAAAGAUAACUAGUACAGUACGUCGCCAUGGAAGCAAGUGGAUCUAUUCUUAAUCAUUUUUUUUUUAUUUCCUUUUUUUUUUUUAUUCAUUCUUGUGUGACGUGUGUGACGAAAGGUCAUCAGGCAAUAUUUUGUGCUGUGGUUUUGAAAUUUUUUUGGUUGAUUUUGCACUAUUUUUUGGAGGUUUGCAACACUGGAGCGUUCUUAUAUGCAGGAAGAAAUUAUGCAUUUUUUUGUUUUGAAUUAAUGUCUGUAAGUUUGGCACUUACACACAAGUCGUGUCACGUGCACUACUCUGCUGGAUGUUUCAUUUAAGUUGAUUAAGUCUUUGGCAGGACAGGAUCGAACAGCCAUCCCGAGUUGGAACACCAUUGUCAACUGGCGCCAAAAAAAAAAGAACAAUACAUAAAAAAAAAUAAAUUCAAAGUUGACAGCCAUGGAUUCAAACAGCAGUUAAAUGCCUUAAAAAUGUUAAUUUAAAAAAAAAUCUAAUUUCAGAUUCAGAAUCAUAAUGUUUCAGGCUUUUUUUUUUUGUUUAACUGAAUGUGUUUAAAAUUGCCAAAGACUUAGUUGUGUUUAUUUACAAGCCACCUAUCAUUUAGAGCAGUGUUAUUUUAUCUAAUUAUUAUUAUUAUUAUUAGGGACAACCCACGUGGUUCAUAAGAAAGUGUAUGUAUAAAUUCUAUGCAGUGCAGAUGGUCAUCAUUAUGCAUAUUAAGCCUAAAGGUACAGUAGGUGGAGUUUAGUUCAUGUUAUGUUCAUUUUGUAACGCGCGUGUGUGUGUGUGUGUGUGUGUGUGUGUGUGUGUGAGUGAAGACACUUCUCUUGUAAAUACAACAAGUCUUUCAUGUUCAUGGGUAUUAUCUCUUUCAUUCACACUUGUACAAUAAUUAAAAAAA